AUGGACAGUCAAGGUCAACGGCCGCGUCAGGUCGGUGGUGCUAGCAACAACUAUGGCGGGUACGACUACGAAAGAUCCGGAGGAUAUGCUGGCUAUGGGGGGAGCGAUUAUGGUCGCCAGCCCCCGCCAAGAUCACAACAAAGAGAGCUCGCACCUAGUGGUACGGAACAGAGCUAUCGCAGUCGUAGUCGAAGUCGCGAAAGGGACCCAUCAUCUCGGAGCGCACCGAGGCAGAAUGGUGUAAAAACCUACGGGCCAGGAACCAGAAAGCUUGAGGAUAUUUUGAACGUCAUCGAGAAAGAUUGGGAUUUCAUGACCCUUGAUAGCUGCGUUCCCGUGAAAGUGGCGUUACAGUUGAUGGAUACAAGCUCGCUAGGCCGGGCACACCAGUAUGAUGCUUUUCGACAAACAAAUUCCGAACUUCAAUAUGCCUUGCAAGCAAUUGUAAACGAUCAUCACCAGGGUUUCAAUAGUUCAAUUGGGACUUUUCACAGCAUAAUGAGGAGUAUCACUACAUCUCAAGGCAAAGUAAGAACUCUUAGAGAGUCUCUAAUCCAAGCAAAGUCCGACCUUUCGACUUCAAAGCCUGAAGUGAAGCACAUGGUCGAUACAUCACAAAAAUAUGAUACCAUGUUGAGAACGCUAUCUUUAAUAGAGCAGGUCAAUGGCGUUCCAGAGAGGCUAGAAGCAAGAAUAUCUGAAAAGAGAUUUCUUACUGCCGUUGAAGUGUUGUCAGAUGCCCUCAAGGUCAUAAACCAACCAGAAAUGAUGGAGAUAGGUGCUCUGUCAGACCUAAGAAUAUACUUGGGCAGCCAAGAAUCGUCUUUGGCCGAUAUUUUGAUUGAAGAGUUACACAAUCAUCUGUAUCUAAAAUCCCCCUAUUGUGUGGACCGAUGGAAACCGUAUUCUCCACAUCAAAAAGAUUUAUCCGGCGAAGACACCCCUGGGGCCAAUGACAAUAGAUUUUCUAUGCCAGCACUCCUAGUAAAAAAUGGAAAGAGGCCAUUUCACCAGUUUCUCGAUUCGACCGACUUCACUCAGCCUAUGGUUGAAGAUGCGAACACGAAUAAAAACCCCGAAGCUGAUAGCAUAUACUAUAUCCGUCUUCUCCUAGAAGCGAUCAACAAUCUUGGACAUCUCUCGAAUGCUGUUGGAACAGUCAAUCAACGUCUGCCAGUCGAGCUUUUUAAGCUCGUGGAUAGGACAAAUAAUGAAGUGGACCAACGGCAUCCAAGUUCUCUGACAGGCGUAGCCCGGGCAGCUGGUUCAUUUGGUAAAACCAUGGACCUUGGUCUGAAUGAGAAUGACGUCCGAGUUACUGUAAUACACGACCUGCUUUGGACUUUGUACUCGAAGUUUGCUGCAGUGAUGGAAGGACAUAGAGUGAUAUACGACGUCGUCAAGGGUAUCAGCAAAAGGGAUGGCUCGGAAGACGCAGCUACUCUAACAAAUGGGUUUAUGGAAGUCUGGCAAUUAAUACAGAGCGAAAUGCGUUCUCUGCUUCACGACUACCUUACUAUGACAGACAGCCGAAGCGUAGCAAGCGCACCUUUGGGUCACCAGAACAUUAACAAUGUCAUUACUUCCAGGGCACCUCGAGAUAAAAAUAAGAUGUUGUUUAAAUUGGCCAACACAGAUAGCACCUCUUUACUGAUGAAAGUUGAUCAUGAUGACCUCGAGUCUAUAUUAAAAGCCUCUGUUCCCGGGCUUGUGUCUGAGUCUCUUCGACCGGCAACUACGUCAACUGAUGUGCAUACAUCGUCUGAUGGUGCCGCAACCGGUCACAAGCUUCUUAUUGAGCCAAGCGUGUUUAACAUGGGUUUCCUUCUUCCGCCGUCGCUUGCCUUCCUGAACCGAAUCAAAGAAAUUGUUCCAUCCGGAUCGGGUAUUGUUCUGAGUACCUUGACUUCCUUUUUAGACGAUUUUUUGGUCAAUGUGUUUCACCCAUCGUUAGAAGACACUAUUCGCGAUCUUUUUAACCAGACAACUAGCGACUUGGAUGCAUUUCAUCAAGAUCCACAAUGGGCGGCGGUUGCAAAAAAGCCAGUCAUGAAGGGAGCUAUAUCUUUCUUCGGCUUGAUUACUGCAUUGUGCAAAAUGCUUGAUACCAUACCACCUGAUCAAGCUUUUGGGCAAUUGACAAUCGAUUUAUUGAAAUCAUACUAUGACAAGUGUUUUGAUUGGUACAAAGAACUUGUUUCAAGACAUCGAGCUGCUUCUGGGAAUGCAGGUGGUCCUGUGUUAGAGACCAAGAAAAGUGCCGAGUGGGCAAAGCACGAAACUACUCGCUCUGCGAUGCUUGAAGUUUGGACCAGUAUCAAAGAUGAAGAGGCUUUAAAAAAGGAAAUAGAUAUAGAGCUUAAAGAACAAGGAAACAACCCAAUUACCUCGCCGGAUCUUAUCACUGAUCGAAAAGUCAUCAACUCUCUAUGUAUUCUAUAUUCAAGCAUGAAAUGGCUUGCCAGUAAUGUGGUGCAGCUUCGACAUGUUGAAGAUGCUCCAAGUUUUUCUAGAAACGAUGGCAGCUCAGCUGGGCGUCCGAGGCGAAGGUGGACUUUGAUCGAGUCGGCCAAAUCGCAAGAUGACGAUGCAAGAGCUGUAUACCUCCCAAUGACAACGGAAACAGUCAGUGGCUUUGACAAAGUUGUAAACGACUUCCAAGAAUUGGCGAAUACAAUUCUAUUUACGUUACGUGCAGAGGCACGAUGCCACGUAUUACAUUAUCUCCAUCUAUGCCUGACUGAGGGCAAUUAUUGCCUUGACAGCACUAUAAACACUCCAGACUCCAACGUUAUUUCUCUCAAUGUUGACCUAGUAUGGUUUGACGAAGAUAUAUCAAAUCUCCUCAGGGAGAAAGAGACAAAGUUUCUCACAAGAGGUCUUGGAGCACUCAUGGACCAUAUUCUUGUUGCCAACGCGAAUCAAAUCAAAAUCAUCAAUAACGCUGGUGCCCAACGGAUGCAGCUCAACAUACUAGUUCUACAGCAGAACUUAAAGAACAUUGAAAUAGGUGUGAAGCUUGACCGAUCAACCCGGUUCUACGCGCUCUACACUGCAGGUAUGCAAAACCUCAUUGCAACAGCAAAGGAAGGUAAGCUCGAUUUUAGCUACGACGAUCUCAAGGUUCUUGUUGAACUUUACUUUUCCGAGGCAAUGAGCAACCGCCGUGAAUCUUCAUCGGCACUGCAGGCCCGUCGCUCGUUGAACGAGAACUUAUUGGCGCUGUCGGAGAUUAUGUGGACUUUGUAA